UACGACUACCUAGCUUCGCACUCGAAAAAGCUAGCUAGUAGGCUGGACUGGUGGUUCCACGACACAGCGGAUCCACCACCGCUGGUGGGUAUCAACCCCUCACAACGGGCGAAACGUGGGACGGCUACAGACGUCAAAGCCGAUCGAGGAAAGGUCAUGUCCAGCUGGUUCGACGAUAAGCCUUUGCUGCCACCGCGGCAGGAAAGAGCACCCGCUCGAGCGGAAUCUCCGGCCUCACGAGAGGCGCGACUGACCAGGGAGAGGAUUCAGGCGCUGCUCGGGAACAGUGUGAUGGCGCCGGAAGUAGGCGCGAAGAGGGCCACGUCAACUUCGCCCGGACUUCUAGCACCUCCAAAGAAAAAGACGCUUCUUCUUCAUGAACCACCUGUAGAAAAAGGGCGCACCAGUGGCGGACUAGGCUUAGAAGAAGACUUGUUGGCGGAGUGCAGGCAGCGAGAGGAG